AUGAUUUUCUAUCCCCACGAUAUCUUCGACAGCACGAUCAAUGUCAAAUGGAUCUACAAAGAAGACGGAGAUCUCCUCCGCAGAAACGACAAGUUUUUCAUCGAUUUCCAAGUAGAGUACACUCGUGCAGAUGAUGAAGAAGACGAUCUUGAGAAUCUUGAAAGUAGAACCGUUUACCAAACUCACGAGUUUGAUCGUGAAUGGUUGUUCGGUGGAGACGGGGAUAAGACACUAGCCUUCGUCUAUCACAUUCUUGAUUUGCUCCAAGUCCCUUGUUAUUACGGCAUCGUUAGCACGUUAACUGAGAAGAUCGUGGAGUUGAAGAUGCGUGAUGAGUUACCUCACGUGGAGAGGCUACAAGUUGAGAUGGGUGUUGUCGUGCCGAGGUUUCCAGGUGAAGAGGACGACGUGGAUGUGAAUUUCUCGGUGGCUCCAGCGAGCGAUGAGGCGGUUGAGACGCACUUGGAGACGGUGGUUGUUGAUGGGGAUGGAGGUUAUUGUGUGAUAUGCAUGGAUAAGAUCCGAGUUGGGCCGGGCUUGGAGGCGGGUCGUAUGCCGUGUUCGCACGUGUUUCAUCGCAUGUGUGGAAAGGAGUGGCUUAGGAAUAGUGGGAUUUGUCCGGUGUGUCGUGCCGUGUUUCCCUCUUAA